AUGGCCCCAUACAUCCCCUUCGUUCCGACCGAAGCAUUCGCUAUCGCCACAGAAGAAGAGUGGCACAAUGCAAUCUUCCAGAAUGUGAACGUCUCUGAUGAACAAGCAGCUCUGCUGCAAACGGUUACUGCGAAUGCCGCAGAAUCGACCACUGGACGAGUCAGAGACUGGAUUGGUCGCCUGACCUUAGAAAUAAGCAGGCACUACGACGGAUACCUUCAGAGCCUCCUUCGAGAGGUUGAAUCCCUGCACAUCAUGGUCCAGAAUCAGCAGGCGCUAGUCGAUUCCUACAAGCAACAAGUCGAUGCGCUACCUGCGUCAAUGGGUAGUGGUCAUUCCCGUCAACCUAAGAUUGGGGAACCUCCAGCCUUCAAGGGCAGUGAGGAUAAGACCAAGCUUGAGGAAUGGCUGGACCUGAUCGUACUGUGGUGUGAGCAUGAGGGAGUGGCCACUGACAAACAGCGAAUUGUAACGGCCCUCUCAAAGCUGCAAGGACCAGCUCAUCAGUACAUGAAGAGCUACUACGUGAAAAUGCGGGAAGGAAAGGAUCUGGGCACCUGGAAGGCAUUUGUGGCGGAACUAGCCCAGAUAUACGGGCAACGCGACGACAAGGAGGGUGCAAAGAAGGAGAUCACGGCGCUGUUCAUCAAUAAGGAUCUGGCCUUGAAGGACUUUGUGAAUCUUCUCAUCGACAAACUCCGGGAGGUUAUACCUCAUGACAUGUGGUUGGUGUUGGCCGGGAAGGAUGAGUCCACCUUGCCAAAGGAUUGGACGUUGUUCCUCGACAUCUUGCUCAACAUCAACAAGAUUGUCAACCCGGAGAAGGCACGAGGCUCAGUAUUCAAGAACAGUGGCUCAGAUAAUGGCGGCGCUGUUCCCAUGGACAUGGAUUUGGCUGAAAAGUCGAAAUCGAAGGGUAAAGGCAAAGGCAAGGCAAAGGACGCUGAGGCUGCCUCGACAGAGGCAAAGAAGUAUUGCGUCAUCUGCAAGUCGAAGACUCAUAACACAGAUGAUUGCUACAAGUUGGCCAAAAAUGCGGACAAGCGGCCGAAUACCCAAGGGGAUGGCGCUAAGAAGGCACAAGGAGGAAGUGGUAACCCCGCAGUCAAGAAGGCUAAGAAAACGCGGGUUAUUCAAGUCGAGCUUACGGAUAGCGAGGACAACAUGCCCCCGUCCACGAAAGCCGUGAGCGCCAACACUGCGAGAAUCGAGGAGAUUGCGAACGUCGAGGAAUCAACUCUGGCUGGGAAGGAUGAACCCCAGCUGUCUGCAAAGACAGAACCCACUGCAGCUACCUCGGAUCUUUGGAAGAAGUACAUGUGA